GAAUAUUACAUUAGCAUAAACGAUAGAGACACGUUUCCACGUAUUACAGAUGUAGGCAUACGAUCUGUAAUGUGGACAAUCACCAUAACAAAGAAACGCUGGAAACAGGUUGCCAUUGCAACCGGAACCAUUGGUGUUUUUCUCAUAGUCCUAGUAAAGAUACUUGACAUCUCCGACAACAAGGAAAGUCUCUCUGCGGCACCACAGAGCCAACAUGAAUUGAUAGCCAUUUAUGAACAACAGCAAAAACUAAUUGAGGAGCAACAGUUGGAAUUACAAAAGACCAAAGAGGAAUUGGCACGCCUGCAGGAUGAUCUGCGUGCCCUGCAGUCAAAUACACCACGCAAAUAUCCGAAAGUGAAAUACCUAAACUACAAGAAUCGCAAACGUAUCCUUAUAACUGGCGGAGCCGGUUUUGUGGGCUCCCAUUUGGUUGAUAAUUUGAUGCUGGACGGCCAUGAAAUUAUUGUGGUCGAUAAUUUUUUCACGGGACGCAAGCGUAAUGUGGCCCACUGGUUGGGUCAUGAAAAUUUCGAGUUGAUACAUCAUGAUAUUGUGAAUCCUCUGUUCAUUGAGGUUGAUGAAAUUUAUCAUUUAGCCUCGCCCGCUUCCCCACCGCACUAUAUGUUGAAUCCUGUAAAGACAAUAAAGACCAAUACCAUGGGUACGAUUAAUGUCUUGGGCUUGGCCAAGCGUGUAAUGGCCAAGGUAUUAAUUGCCAGCACAUCGGAGGUUUAUGGAGAUCCCACAGUGCAUCCACAGCCAGAGUCAUAUUGGGGACAUGUAAAUCCAAUAGGACCGCGUGCUUGCUAUGAUGAAGGCAAACGAGUUUCGGAAACUUUGAGUUAUGCCUAUGCUAAGCAGGAAAAAGUGCAAGUUCGAGUGGCUAGAAUAUUUAAUACUUAUGGUCCACGCAUGCACAUGAACGAUGGUCGCGUCGUCUCAAAUUUCAUACUACAAGCACUUAGAAAUGAAACUAUAACAGUUUAUGGCAAUGGCAAGCAGACGCGUUCCUUUCAAUAUGUAGAUGAUCUGGUAGAUGGUCUUAUGGCACUCAUGGAAUCCAAUUACACACAGCCGGUUAAUCUGGGCAAUCCUGUCGAACAUACCAUCGAAGAAUUUGCAUUUAUGAUCAAGGAGCUGGUUGGGGGCAGUAGCAAAGUGGGGCGCACCGAUGCCAUGGAAGAUGAUCCCCAAAGAAGAAAGCCCGACAUUAGUCGGGCAAAGAAAUAUCUCAACUGGGAACCAAAGGUACCCCUGAAGAUGGGUCUCCUCAAAACCAUUGAUUACUUUCGCAAAGAACUGGAGAGAUCCGAUCGUUUUGCCGCCAAUUCAAAGAAAUAUUUCGACUCGCAUGACCUGCAAAGAAGUCCGCAGCGAUUUCAGUUCGAUCCCGGCAAUGGCUAAUGCUCAAUAGAUGAACCAUUCGGAAAUGAGGGAGUACUUAGUUUAGAAUGUUUCCUUAGGUCUCCCAUAGAUUAAAAACACAUCAAAAUCUUUGA